AUGGAUUUUAAGAAUUCAAGGCCCUCGAGUGCGGCUAUAUCGAAAGGAUCAUAUCAACAAACAUCGUAUCUAAGUCUUCGUGAUUUGAAUAGGAGUGCAGGUGUGACGCUUAAAGAUAGUGCCAAUAAUUUGGUGUCGCCACAACUUUCGAGGGUAAAUUUGUCAUGUUUGAGACUCGAAAGCUCGGCAAAGGUCAGAAAAUGGAAAGAGCUCGAUGACUUUAAUCUAGAAGAGCUGAGGGAUGGUUUUUUCGAUCCAGUCUUUACCAAACCGGAGAAAAGCUUCCAGUCUGAUGCUGAUGAGGAUAAUGAAGUCCCUCAUUCUAUCAGUGCGUAUGCGCGCCUGAAAGACAUCAAUCGUUAUCAGUCAGUCAAGAGCUUAAUCGUGGAGCUGGAACGACAAAAGCUUCGCAUUUUCAAGUAUUGUGCUGCAUUUUUCGCCAGCUUGGUAAUUUGCGUGAUCCAUCCUUCAGGCAAAUGGGUUGGCCAUCAGCAUCGUUAUUUUCUUCCAGUUGCUGUCCUUCUUCACCAUCCGGUCAGGAACAUUGGGGUGCAGCUGGAAAUAUCAUUGGCAUCAACGCUAGGUGGGGCAUUGGGGAUGGGCUGGUCUGCUUUGGCAUGGUAUAUAUCUGUUGCAACGAGACCCACAGCCAGUCAUCAAGGUGGCAUACUCUUUGCUAGUUUGACAUUGGGAUUACUUUGGGCUAUCUGGCUGCGAGAGCUCUAUCAGAGACUGAUGUAUAUCACCAUGUCUUUCGGCAUCGCCAUCGUAUUUUUACACAAUGUCAGCCUCGUUUCCUCCAAGCAGGAUCUGCAAUGGAGAGUUUUCUGGGAUUUCGGUAUCUCAUAUCUUUUUGGAAUUCUUUUGUCGUUAAUCGUAUGCGUCCUGGUAGAUCCACACAGCGGUAACGCUGAAUUGGUCGAACACUAUAGCCAUUCGAUAACUAGCACAAAACAGUUCCUGCUCGCGCUAAUCGAUAGAGAGAAUGUUUUGGAAGAACAUAAAUUAGCGGCUUUACAAAAGAAAAUGAUCAAUUCCAUUAGUGUAGGGUUGUCAGAAGGCUACAGAGAAUUUGCGAAUCAAUGGACCAUAUCAAAAUUUAACCAGAAUAAGCUGAAGGAAUUGAGAAAUUCUUUAACUAGUUUUGUUUCUCCUCUUAGAGUCCUUCCAAUCAGCCACAAGCUUUUAGAUAGGACCGAACUAGUAAAACUGUAUGAACAACUGAGCAAUCCAAAAAAUGGUAUUUCAAAGAACGCGGAGGCGAGCGCCACGCCUGAAGUAGAAACACCAAUGGUACAUUCCGGUUCAGUUACGCCAUCUCCUAGAAGCCCAGGAGCACUACCCAUUGGGCUAGCGUUGAAUAGCGAAUUAUACCUUAGCGUCCUAAGAUCUUCAUUCUCUAGGGAUACCUUUGCAUUGAUUCUGGAAAUGAUUUCUGUUUUGGAACGUAUGGCAGAGGCCUUGCAUAAAUUCGAGAAAACCAAACUCAACUUCAAAAAUUUGAAUGAACUAAACAGCAUGCUCGAGCACUCGUCACAUAGGCUCAAACGUAAGAUUUACAAGUUGGAUGUUUGUUACAAGAAUUUUACAAAGUCUGAUUUCUUCUGUAAGGAGUUACUGGCUGAUGCCGAUUGCAUUGACAUCUUCUUAUUUAUCAGAUACCUAAGGAAUGCCGCCAAGCAUUUGACUAUCGUUAUUGAGAAAUGCGGAAGUUUGGGAUCAGAAAUAAGAUGGAGGAUUGUUCCCUUACAUUACCCCCUUCACAGAGCCUUGAUCAGAUUACCAAAACAAUGUGCUCUGGAUGAGGGAGCUGGUAAUGUUUUGCACUAUUUCGAAACGAAGAGAGACGUCGAUAAUAUUUUCGAAUGUUUGUACAACUCGUACACUUCAAGACAUAAGUACACCAAGGGGGAGAAUGAAAAGAAAACUGGAGUCUCGAUAAGGGCGAUCGAUCACAACGAUUUUAAUUUUCAUACGACUAAAAACAAGUGGCGAUUCAGACUCUGGAAGCUGAGCACAGCGCUUGUAGGUCCUGAAAUGAAAUGGUCUUUGAAAGUCACUUUUGUUAUUAUCUUUUUUAGUCUCCCAGGUUGGAUUCCUGAAUCGUAUUUAUGGUACGAUAGGUAUCAAUGUUGGUGGGCUCCGCUGACAGUUCUGUUGUUGGCUCACAGGAAACUUUCCGCAAAAUGGAGAACUCUUAGUCUGAGACUUGGUUGCGCUCUCAUGGGUAUCUUCUGGGGCUGGGCUGCCAAUCAGUCGAGACAUUUCGGAAACCCAUACGUCAUCUGCACUUUUGGCGGCCUGCUGACAAUAGUGUUCGCCGCAAACAUAUUUGUUUAUGGAAACACGAAGUCAAGCUUUACUGCACUCCUAUGCUUUGUUGUCAUAGUCUUGGAACCCUAUGGAAAAGGCUCGCCAUCUUUGAACACUGCGGACAUAUGGAAGAACACUUGGGUUACUGGCCUGUCGUUCGUCAUCGCGGUUUUGACAUCUAUUCCGAUAACUUGGGUAGUUUGGUCUUUCAGAGCUCGCUCGGAGCUGCGACUAUCCCUAUCUUCUUUACUCAGCCAUCUCAGCCAGUCUUACCAGUCUGUUACCGACCGGUAUCUCUACCGUGACUUGGACGAUGCACCUACUGAACUUACGUUAGCGCUCUCUCAUAUCAGGGAAAUUAGGUUAACCCAGAGUACCCUGGCGGUGAGAGAUCUGCUGACGAAGGCGAAGAAUGAGAUGUCGUUCACGUCAUCUAUAUCAAAUUUCUCUCCUGUCAAGUAUGAACGCCUGCUGGACGCCUGCGACUUCCUAUUAGAGAAAAUUAUUGAAGCUAGGAUUUCUGGAACUUUUUUCGAGAUUUGGAAUCAGGAUCCUGACAAUGAGACCACUAGAGCAUUGUUGUCGCUUCGCAGAGACAGUGUGUCGUCGGUUAUUUUUGUAUUUUACAUCCUAUCGAACUGUUUCCGUUCGAAAAACAAGGUGCCACUCUAUUUACCCAAUCCUAUGCUCUCACGGAAGAAGCUAUACGACUUCCUCUCCGAGUUCCAACAAAGAAGGACCCAGAUUCGCCAGUCAAAGCAUGAGGAAUCAAACGCCUGCCAACAUUCAUCGCUGGAGAAAAAAAUAUACGCAAGACAUGCGGUAGCAUAUCAUUCCGAAGCCUACGAGAAAUCUCAUUGGACCGAGAUCCAUGGCAUGGCAUUCGCAAGAGCCUUCACAGACGUUACAGAAGCGCUGCAAAUCGUCGUGGCAUGUUCAAAGGAUAUUCUAGGUGAGGAACUCCCUUGA